CCCGCCAUUUUUGCCCAGAGAGAGAGAGAGAAAGAGAGAGAGAUGGAAGCCAUUGUAGUUACAGAGAACUUGGAGGAAUCAAUGAAAAAAUCGAGUCUUGGAAAUGCUACUGAAACUCAGAAGAAAAACCGAAUUCAAGUUUCUAAUUCCAAGAAACCCCUCUUCUUCUACAUCAAUCUCGCCAAGAGGUACAUAAAGCAAUACAACGAUGUGGAGCUCUCUGCCUUGGGAAUGGCUAUUCCAUCUGUAGUCACUAUUGCUGAGAUUCUGAAAAAAAAUGGGGUGGCAACCCAGAAAAAGAUUUUGACAUCAACAGUAGACAUGAAGUGGGAAAUCAAUGGAAGAACAGUUCAAAAGGCUAAGAUUGAGAUUGUGCUGGGGAAACCUGAGGAUUCCGACAAUCAGGCUGCAUCCACCGCUGUGGCUGCUGCUGCUGCAGCAACUCCAGCAGAGGAGAAUGCUGACAAGAAGGAAUGACAAAGCUAUUGUCAUAGAGCUCCAUUUUCUACAUUCUUGAUGUUCUUAUGUGGUUGUUCUGGCUGAUUGUUUUCUAGAGAUAUACAUGGAAUAGGUGGCUAAGUUCUAGUUAGAGCUGCUGCUAACAUGAUCAUGAAAUUGAGAUCAAAUGCAGAUUGUGGUGGAGGGCAGAUCUAACGGAACCUUGGCAUAUGUGCACUUCCCUUUGUUUCUAUUUUCAUCCCUGUAACAUUGUUAAAGAGUUCAGAUAUA